AUUCGACACUCCCACAAUUAAAAAAAUAGCGUGAUCAUGUAUUUAAUUUGUUACCCAAAAUAGAAUAAACACAUCCUGGGGCCCAGAUGUCAAGAGUCACAAGUUCAAACCCUUAUCAGCCUUUACCUUCAGCUUUAAUGGCACAAAUCAGAUUCACAUAUUAGUAAUGCAAAUUCAUUUCGUCCUCUUUCUUCUUCACCUCCCUCUCUCGCCAUAAAAACCAAACUGUGACUUAUUUCACGCCAGAGUUCUUCCAAUUUCGUUGAACCGACCCAAAAACAUGUCCAGGUGCUUCAGCUUGACGGAGACCAAAAACUGGUGCCAUAGAUCCGCUUUCUCCAGAUCGGGGCUCCGUUCCACCCUCACGGACUUCAAAGACGGCACCGUAAUGCAUUGCUGGGCCCCCAAGGCCCGAAAAGAAUCCAAGCCCAAUCUACUCCUCAUACACGGCCUCGGCGCCAACGCAAUGUGGCAGUGGGCUGACGUCAUUCCCCACCUAACCCCUCACUUCAACAUCUACGUGCCGGACCUCGUAUUCUUCGGCGACUCCUACACGACUCGGCCGGAGCGGUCCGAGUCGUUCCAGGCUCGGUGCGUGAUGCGAGUCAUGGAGGCCCUCUCAGUGAAGAGGAUGAGCCUGGCGGGGCUCAGUUACGGCGGGUUCGUCGGGUACAGUAUGGCGGCGCAGUUUAGCGAGGCGAUAGAGAGGGUAGUGAUAUGCUGUGCUGGGGUGUACAUGGAGGAGAAGGACUUGGUUGACGGUGUGUUUCGAGUCUCUGAUUUGGAGGAGGCUUGCCGGAUUUUGGUGCCGCAAACGCCGGAGAAGCUUAAAGAGCUGUUGAGUUAUACCUUCUAUAAGCCGCCUCCUCUGCGAUUGUUGCCGUCGUGCUUUCUCGACGAUUUCAUUGACGCCAUGUGUACGGAAUACGUGGAAGAGAAGAGGGAUCUUGUGCGAGCUAUCCCAAAAGGCAGAAAGCUUUCAGACUUACCAAAGAUCUUUCAGCCAACAUUGUUGAUUUGGGGAGAGCAUGAUCAAGUAUUCCCCUUGGAAUUAGGUUACAGAUUAAAAGGGUUUCUGGGGGAGAAUGCUCAUUUGGUUGUGAUCAAAAAUGCUGGGCAUGCCUUCAAUGUAGAGAAGCCCAAGGAAUUCAACCUGCACUUGAAAUCUUUUCUGGUUGAUUUGAAGAUGCCCCCAACUUGAAAACUAGAAAACUGCAAGUGAUCGAAUUGUUAAUGACCAGUUUGAUCAACUCCAGGGGUGAAAUCAUUUUGUUUCUCUUCAAAAUCAUGCCUUUUGAGAAUUGAGAGGAAUAUCAAUAUUCCACACCAUCACCAUGCUUUCUGAUAA